GAAUCAACAGCAAGUGAGCUAGUGUUUCGUAUGGCUAUACAGGCCGUACAGUUGUUGGCCGAUGCUUCGAUGUUAUGUAAUAUCAGUUCUUGCGGAUAUGGAUAUAAAACCGGAGUGACCCGAUAUCUUAGACUCAAUGAUCGUUAUGAUUAGUUGAGAGUUUGUUUGGUUUGCUAAGUGGCAGUAUUAGCGGCAGUCUAUGGUGGAGGAGAAGGACGACGUUAGUUGAUUUCGAGAAAAUUACCAAGUACCAAGCGAAAGUAUUCAGCGGGAAUAGUUACAUUUUCAUAUUGGCGAAAUGUUAAACGCUACAACGAACACGGUAAUUUAUAAAAGUUUUGUAACAAAAUCAGUGACGGUUAUUUCAACAUUCAAGAAUGCUACAGGCGCGAGAGGCGUGCAUAUGUCUUCGAAAAGAUUGAAAGCACAGAUCAUAGAUGGUGCCAAGAUUGCCCGAGACAUACGCCAGGAACUGAAAGUAGAGGUUAAUGAAUGGGUUGCUCGGGGCAACAGGCGACCCCACUUGAUAGCCUUACUUGUGGGGGAGGAUCCUGCUAGUGCAACUUAUGUCAAGAACAAGAUGCAGGCUGCUAGAGAAAUUGGGAUCGAGAGUAGGACACUUAAGAUGCCACCAAACAUAACGCACAAUGAGCUGCUGGACCAUAUCCAGUUCCUGAAUGGUGAUUCCCAUACUGAUGGAAUUCUGGUUCAGCUGCCACUUCCAAAACACAUCACAGAGCGAGCUGUAUGCAAUGCCAUAGCUCCUCAUAAGGAUGUUGAUGGUUUCAAUAUUGUUAAUGUGGGUCGAUUCUGUCUAGACAUGAAGACACUCAUUCCAUGCACGCCUUUAGGAGUUCAGGAGCUUAUCAAGAGGACAGGUGUGGAAACAUUUGGGAAGCAUGCUGUAGUCUGUGGCAGAUCGAAGAAUGUUGGAAUGCCAAUUGCAAUGUUGCUGCAUGCUGAUGGAAUGGGUGAGACAUCUGCCAUGGAUACUACGACAACCAUCUGCCAUCGUUACACACCUCCAGAUCAAUUGGCUUUGCUCACACGGUCAGCUGAUAUCAUUGUCACAGCAGCUGGAGUGCCAAACCUGAUCCGAGCCGACAUGGUGAAACCUGGCGCAUGCAUAAUUGAUGUUGGUAUCACCAGGAUUCAUGACAAGAAGACAGGAAAGUCUAAACUUGUUGGAGAUGUGGACUUUGAUGCUGUGAGUGAGGUUGCUGGCUACAUCACCCCUGUGCCAGGUGGAGUUGGUCCUAUGACAGUCGCCAUGCUUAUGAAGAACACUCUGAUAGCUGCCAAGAAAUCCAUAGUUUACAAUGUUCUUGAGCCAGGAGCAGUUGUCCACAAGGAGGCUUCUCAACUCAGGCCAUGAAAUCAUAUCUAUAAAGAAUAUUAGAUUUUCUGGCUAAACAUAUGUCUUGCAAUGCAGUGUUACACUUGCUCAUUUUAUGACCAUCAGAUAAAACUAGGCCAUCCAGAACUCUUCUUCUAGCUGAUAUGGUAUUACAUGAUACUGCAGCUGCACCAGACAUUAGACUUUAAUUGAUAUAUUUUUCUUCAUGUGUCUGUGAUAUUUUAUUUAUUUAUUUGAAGUAUUUUUGUGAUUGUAAAACAGUGAGUUAGGGCAUAAUUUUGCUUGUCUGCUGUAAAACAGCAAAUUCAUCCACACAGGAGGCCAUAGUAUAGUAUUAUAAACAUAUUAUGGUUAACUUUAAUGCAAUAGAACGAGAUGUAAGGAAAGGAGAAACCCAACAGAUUAUAUUAAUUUUAUUGUCCUACCUGCAGAAACUAUUAAAUGUGUGAAGGUGUUAGUCGUGAUGAGUGGUUGGAAGGUUUUAUAGUAGGAAUUUAAUGAUGAUGCAUAGGAGAGUUUACCAGAGCUCUUAGCUAUCAGUCACACAUUUUUAACAAUAAUGUUUUAUAUAGGCUAUGACUACUAAUAUAUUUUCAAAUAUAUUGGUACAAAAGUUUAUAUAUAUAUAUAUGUACAUACAAACAUACUAGUUAAUAUGUUGUACUUUUAUCACCACCUGUUUAUAUUGAAGUCUUUCAUUUUCAGUUAAUUUCAAACGUGUUGCCAGUCCUAUACAAUCCUGAAAGUCUUUAAUUAAUUCGAACCCUUAUUAAGGUUUAUGAAUUACUGAUAACAAAUGGCUCAUCUCGUGAUCCAGAUGGUCCAGUUAGAAUGUAAGAUUUGGCUGUGAAGAUAAAUUCUAGAAUUGCCUCUGAAAUAUCAGCAGUCGUCUUGUGUUGUAUAAGCUCUAAGAAGCAGCUGCACAUGACACAUAAGCGGAAUUGCCCAACACUACAAACAUACAACACAUGGGCACAUAAAUGAGGAUAUACUUUGGAAUUGUAUUGAUUGAUGGAAGUGCAGACGUUUUCAGCAACAAUUUUGGAAGCACCUGAUGAUCAUAUCGGUUGAAACGUAGGGCACCAAUAAUGUGAGAAAAAUAAUGUUAAAAUUAAAAAAAAAAAAACAUGAAUUUUAAGAUUUUAACACAAGUUUGCAUAUGAGAUGGUGAAUAAGGAGCAGAUUGGUUCAGUUAUGGCUGAAAAGUGCUCGUUAUUUAAGUUUCUUCUAUCAUUACAAGAUACCAAAUUUAUCCGAAUAUGAGAUUAUCCACAUUCAUAUAUCUUAAAGAAAUAUAACUGCUUCAUGUAAUCUUGUGGAAUGUCACUGCCAUCAUCAGGGUCGAAGUAUAAGCCAAGAAA